AUGGCUCUUGCAAAGAAGGGUGGUGAGAAGAAGAAGGGCCAUUCUGCCAUCAACGAGGUGGUGACCAGGGAGUACACCGUCAACAUUCACAAGCACAUCCAUGGAGUGGGCUUCAAGAAACGUGCCCCUCGGGCAUGCAAAGAGAUCCGGAAAUUUGCCAUAAAGGAGAUGGGAACACCAGAUGUGCACAUCGACACAAGGCUCAACAAGGCUGUCUGGGCCAAAGGGAUAAGGAAUGUCCCAUAUCGUGCCCGUGUUUGGUUGUCCAGAAAACGUAAUGAGGAUGAAGAUCCCCCAAACAAGCUCUAUACACUGGUUACUUAUGUACCUGUCACCACUUUCAAAAACCUACAGACAGGGAGGCGGGAACAGUUGAUCACUGAAACGGAAACUUGGAAAGUCUCCCAGUCGAUUGACAAUGGCUGGAAACGGGGCCUAAGAUGCAGAAGUAAAUUACAGAGAGCGGGCGGCGCGCACAGAGGCAGCCUGGGGAACGCGAGGCGGCAGGAGGAAACGGCUGCCAACAAAACGUCCACAAUGCCUGCAGCCGGCCCGAGGGGACUGAGGUUCCAGAGAUUCCAUUGGACCAGCAGUUUUUUAUGGUUCUCUGCGUGA